UGUUUUAACGGUGUUGGCUGCACUGUACCAAUGCCGUGACGUCAUUGCUACCUACCAGAUUGCCCGCUGAACGGCUGUCUAACGUCAUCCAUGCUAAAAGUAAGUCAUGUUCUAUGUUGUGCGUUAUACCUAAAAGUAGUGCAGUUCUUUAUACAUUUCAUUGGCGCAGUCGGUAAUUACGGAUUUCUUUCUAUGGAUUAAAAAGUAAAAAUCUUUUCCGCGAGUGUUAAUGGGAGACAAAAAGGACAAAGGAAAAGGAUCUACUGUGACGAAAAUGUCAGUUACAAGUGCAAUGCAUGCAAUAUGGUUGGGCAUUUGUUCAAGGCUUGUAAGUCCCGAAAUAAAUUUAACAAGCAGAAUUCAAAGUCCAAGAGUGGAAGAUUUGCCCCACACAAGGUGCAUCAUCUUAAUUUGGAAGAGGAGGACCCUAGGCCUAGGCCUAACUUGGAUAUAGUCAAGGAGACUCGGGACUUGUGUUUGUACAAUCUAGGCCUAUCUGACGGUACAGAAGCUUACAAGGUAAGACUAAUGAUAGAAGAUGUAGUUGUAGAAAUGGAAAUUGAUAGUGGAUCAGCAGUAUCCGUGUGCCCGUCUGAGGUUUUUGCGGAAAAAUUUCCUAAUGUGGAAUUAAAUCAUGUAAAUUUGAGUUUAUUGACAUACACUGGUGGGGAGGUGCCUGUGCUAGGCCAAGCUGAUGUAACUGUAAAAUAUAAAGGUCAAGAAGUUAUGUUGCCCUUAUUGGUUGUGAAAAUGUGUCGUAGGAACCAGCCUAUGUUGUUGGGAAGGAGCUGGUUGGCCAAGUUGAAACUUGAUUGGCGUUCUAUUUUUUCAGUAGUAUCGGAAGUAGGCCUACAGAGUAGGCCUAGUAAUCAAAUUAAUUUGACUUUGUCUGAGCCUAACCCUGUGAGUAGUGUAUCAGGACCUAGUUGUAAGGAUCAACUGAGUAGGCCUAAGCUUAGCAGUACAACUGAAGUUGAUGUGCAAACGUUGAAAAAUAAAUAUGCUAUGGUAUUUCAAACGGGAGCUGGAGAAAUUAAAGGGGUUACUGCUCACAUUAUUCUUAAAGACAAUGUAGUUCCCAAGUUUUGUAAAUAUAGGCCAGUGCCUUAUAGUUUGAGGGAGAAGGUUGAACAAGAGUUAGACCGAAUGGUUAACGAUGGAAUAGCCUAUAGGGUUUCCAGCUCCGAGUGGGCUACACCGUUGGUGACGGUUCCUAAACCAAAUGGCGUAAGAUUGUGCGCCGAUUUUAAGGUAACGUUAAAUCCGGUGCUGCAAACAGAGCACUAUCCGCUUCCGCAACCGGAAGAUAUUUUUGCCUCGUUGUCAGGAUGUACAUACUUUUCAGUAAUCGACCUCACAAAUGCCUAUCAGCAGUUAGCAGUAGCAGAGGAGUCACAACCUUUGUUAACCUUGACUACCCAUAAAGGACUUUUUAGAUUGAGACGUUUGCCGUAUGGGUUGUCGUCCGCACCGGCUAUUUUUCAAGCAGUCAUUGAUCAGAUUGUAUUUGGGUUACCAGGUACCGUAGCGUACUUGGACGAUGUUCUAGUGGGAGGCUCAACACGUGAAGAAGCUUGUAGUAGAUUAGAAAAUCUGUUUCAGCGUCUGAUGGAUUAUGGAGUUCGGGUUAACGAGAGCAAGUGUAAAUUUUUGCAGCCUAAAGUUGAGUAUUUAGGCUAUGUGGUUUCAGCAACGGGAAUCAGCCCCCAGCAAGGGAUUGUGUCGGCUAUUCGAAAUGCCCCGGAACCGAGUAACAAGGAUGAGUUAAGGGCCUACAUUGGGUUGAUUAAUUACUAUGGAAAGUUUAUUUACAAUUUGUCAUCAAAAAUCAGUUGUUUUUAUGAUCUUUUGAAGAAGGACGUCCCAUGGAAGUGGACCAAAGAGUGUUCACGCACUUUUGAGGAAAGUAAGUCAUGGGUUCUUGACUCCAAUAUUUUGGUGCAUUAUGAUGUGUCUAAGCCACUUGUUUUAACGUGUGAUGCUAGCCCUAGGGGAGUGUCAGCCAUUCUGUCUCAUAUGGUCGAUGGAGAAGAGCGGCCUGUAGCUUUUGCGUCCAAAACUCUUAGCCCUAGUGAGAAAAAUUAUUCCCAACUACACAAGGAAGCAUUGGCGUUGAUAUUCGGUGUAAAGAAAUUCCACAAGUAUAUUUAUGGUCGUAAGAACUGUGUGUUACAGACGGAUCAUCAGCCGUUAGCGGCAAUUUUUGGAACAAAACGUGGUGUACCUAGCCUAGCUGCGGCAAGACUUCAGCGAUGGGCUCUCAUUCUGGCAGCAUACAAUUUUGAGGUUAAAUAUCGAAAAGGGGUUGACUUACCCCACGCUGAUGCGUUAUCACGCCUACCUCUACAAGAUGAUGAAUCGUUGGAAUUGGAGGAUAAUUAUGUUUCACAUGUUGAGUCUUGUGUUCAAGUAAUCAAUUUCUGCAGUGUGAGUGAUGAUUCUCCGAUUACGUCUUUGGACGUAGGAAGAUUGACGGACAAAGAUCCAUUGUUGUCGAGGGUUCGGGACUUUGUUUUACAUGGCUGGCGGGAGGUUCAAAAUCCUAUGUUGCUUCCAUUUCAGAGGAGACGAUUGGAGUUGUCAGUGGACAAGAAUUGUAUCUUGUGGGGAAGUCGGGUGGUGAUUCCUGAGAUGUUGAGGGAGAACGUUAUCCAGAUGCUCCAUGAACAGCAUCCUGGUAUAACCCGGAUGAAGUUGUUGGCUAGAAGCUACGUGUGGUGGCCAGGUAUCGAAAAAUCCAUUGAGGAGACAGUGGCGUCUUGUUUUGUAUGUCAAGGCACGAGAAAUGCCAGUCCUAGAGUUCCAUUGCAUCAAUGGCCGUUAGCCACGGAGAGGUGGCGCAGAGUUCACAUUGAUUUUGCAGAAGAUCCCACGUCAAGACAGCAGAUGCUCAUCCUAGUCGAUAGUUACUCAAAAUGGAUUGAGGUGUUUCUGAUGAGCUCUACAUCUUCCUCCAAGACUAUAGAGAAGCUUCGGACUUUGUUUGCAGCCUAUGGUUUGCCCGAAGAAUUGGUUUCUGAUAAUGGUACCUCAUUCACUAGUCUCGAAUUCCGUGAAUUCCUUAGAAAGAAUGGUGUCAAAUUCACCCUGUCCCCACCCUAUCACCCGGCAUCCAACGGAGCCGCAGAACGUUCAGUUCAGGAAGUCAAGAAGAGUCUGCUGCGCCAGGUCUUGAGUGAGAAGCGCAGUCAUCCUACUUCUUUACAGCAUAAGCUAGAUAAUUUUCUAUUUUCCUAUCGCAACACCCCCACUUCAGUGACAGGCGUGAGUCCGGCUGAAUUGUUCCUACGCUGGAAGCCUAGAACUCACUUAACAAUGUUGAAGCCAAAUUUGCUUGAUGAGGCCAGGAAGCAACAGGAGUUGCAAAAACGGGCAGCAGAUAAACACAGAGGCUCUGAUAGGUCCUUCAGUGAAGGCCAGCAUGUGUUAGUAAAGACGGUGAGGCAGGAAAAAAUUUCUUGGGUUCCCGGCCAAAUUGUGGAGUGUAGAAGUCCAGUAACUUAUCUUGUGAGGGUCCUGAACCGCACCAGGUUUUGUCACGCUGAUCAUCUAAGACCAAGUCAGGUGGAGGAAGAGGAAAUUUUGGUUAGAAGAGAGGAAGUGCCAGAUCCACCGGAAUCAGUGACCGUCAGCGUGUCGCCGGAGAGAGUAUCUCCAAGUCGGCAGAGUUUGCCGUCAUCGCCAAGGGCCAGAAGUCCACCGUCACCCCAAGGACGGAAGUCGAUGGAAGAGGGGCAGCGUCCAGAGGUGCAGUGCAGUCCAACUCCUGUGGUUAGAAGAUCGCAGCGGACUGUGCGCAAACCAGCUAAACUGGACUUGUAA